CUUUCUUCCCCCUGCAAACUCCACUGAUACUCCAAAGAAUAAUAAUAUCUCCAUUUCAAUUCCAACACAGUAAAAAGGGUGAAAACAAGAAAUUUAAAAUGCUUCGAUUUAUUUGCAUUGAGCUGAUUUUGGGAGCAUUCAUGGCUUCCGAUUGAUUAGUUCUUUCGUUUACUGUGUUCACGUGCAUGUUUGGUUGUGUAUAGAACAGUGGCAGCAACUUGUUUGUGAUGAGGCACUCGGGGAUAAUUUAGAGGGAUAGAGUGGGCCGGGAUUGAGGGGCAACAGCUAUGAGUUGUGGUGGUAAGAGCAAAGGGAAAAGGGACGAGGCUGAGCACGGGAGUCUCGGCCGGAAAUCAGUUGAAGCAGUUUCAUACAAAGGACCGAGCACUGCCCCUGUGGAUUUAUGCAUUGAUGAGAGAGUUCUUGUUGACCCCAAGUCCCUUUUUAUCGGGACGAAAAUUGGUGAGGGAGCUCAUGGUAAAGUUUAUCAAGGAAGGUAUGGUGACCGUAUUGUUGCCAUUAAAGUUCUCAACUGUGGCAAUACAUCGGAAGAGAGAUCAGUCCUUGAGAGUCGUUUUGUUCGGGAAGUCAUGAUGAUGUCUAAAGUAAAGCAUGACAACCUUGUCAAGUUUAUUGGAGCUUGCAAAGAUCCUCUAAUGGUGAUAGUUACGGAGUUGUUGCCGGGCAUGUCUCUUAGAAAGUAUCUGGGCAGUAUACGUCCUAACCAGUUGGAUCUGCCUGUUGCGCUAAAUUUUGCUCUCGAUAUUGCCAGAGCCAUGGAUUGCUUACAUGCAAAUGGCAUCAUACAUAGGGACUUAAAACCUGACAAUUUGCUGCUUACGGAGAACCAGAAGUCUGUGAAGCUUGCGGAUUUUGGUCUUGCGAGAGAAGAAACUGUCACUGAGAUGAUGACUGCUGAAACCGGGACCUACCGCUGGAUGGCACCCGAGUUAUACAGUACCGUUACACUUCGGCAGGGGGAGAAAAAGCACUACAAUAAUAAAGUUGAUGUUUAUAGUUUCGGGAUUGUGUUAUGGGAACUACUCACCAACCGUAUGCCAUUCGAGGGGAUGUCCAAUUUGCAGGCUGCUUACGCUGCUGCUUUUAAGCAAGAAAGGCCUAGCCUUCCGGAAGAUACUCCAGCCGAGCUUGCUUAUAUAAUCCAGUCAUGCUGGGUCGAGGAUCCCAAUAUGCGGCCCAGCUUCAGCCAGAUCAUUCGCAUGCUCAAUGAGUUCCUUUUCAAGCUCAAGCCAUCUUUGCCAGAAACUAACUUGUCUGAGCCGGAGCUGACGAAAAAUGGGACCAUAAUCGAGUUCUCCACCCGCGCAAAGGGGAGAUUUGCUUUCUUGCGCCAACUUUUUGCUACAAAGAAGGCCAUAAACUCGUAGUGAGAAAAAAAGGUGAUAUAUACAGUAGGUUAAUUACAGGUUCAUGGUGUUCGCUUUUCGUGGCAUAUGGUGAACACUUGUGAGAGAUAGAAAAUGGUGUUUGUUCCUUGAAAUCUGUAGAGNUGAGAG